UGGGAGCGAAUAUUCUGUCGGGAGCAUUUCAUUCGAGCAGUCGUAAGUGAUCGAGCCAAUUGCGCGCACGCUGCCGCUGUUCCGUAUCCCGUGACGUGUGAUCGUGUCGUUUUCUGAUAUUUUGCGGCAGCACGCGUUGUUCGGUAUAACGAUUUUAUGUGUUUGAAAGAUGAUCUUGUAGUUUUAUCGAGUCCAAACUAUGCUUGGUUUAUGUAGUUGAAAGAAAGAGCGUUCGAAGUGUUUUACCGUCAAGAAUUUGGCAUUCAAAUUUAGAAGUGAUUAUUAACCAAGACAGUGGAGAUAGCUUUUGUGGAAAUGAAUUUGUAACAUAUUUAGCAAGAAUGUCCCAAGUGAUUGUUUUUUUUGCUCGGUGAUCGUUAACAGUUAUGUGUAUUGCAGUAUAGCAUGAUAUGCUUGAUAAAAAAAUGCAAUUGCGAUCAAAGUUGCUUUAUUCCUUUAUAAAUAAGGCUUAUUAACCAAUCGAGCGAUCGGAGUUAAUCUAGUCAAAAUAGGACUGACUGUAGGCGCUAGACAAACUCGGUGCAGCAUAGGAGUGUCCUCUAGCUUAAAAGUGUAACUUCAACAUCUGAAACGUGUGAAACAUUGUUCUAUACAAAGCUGGUGAGACUGUCGGGAGUGGUGAGUCGGAGAAAUCGGGAAACUUGUCUUAUCCCAAUAAUUACACCAGCAGUAGGCUAGGGAACGGAAUGUCAAACACGUGGCCCCCGGGGCCAACCGGAACCGGAAGGGCCCGGAACCGUGGCGGUGUAGCUCUGCGCAUCAAUCAAUGGGUUGCGGGGCACACGUCUACUGUCAACCGGUCGCUAUCAACGGUGAAGCUGCUAGCAUUAGUGGCAACGGUAGCUACCGUCCUCCUAUCAACCGGCGUGGACGGAUCAACCGUUCCGACGUCCGCCGAGCUUGGGGAGGAUGACUACUCCGGCGCCAUUCAGGAUCUUGAGACGGGUUGCAUCAACCGUUGUCCCGAUCAGAAUCAAACGAGCUUCACCGAGCAUAUCGAUGCCAGCUGUGGUAAUGAUUGCUACAUCAAACAGUGUACAACGGGCUGCCGGCAGUGGGAGCUUGCCUUAGAGUCGAGCUGCCAGCAUGCGUGUAACGUCAGCGACCAGGAGCUGCUGGAGGCCCGCGAAUGGUCUUGCAUUGCUGGCUGCAAUGAUGGGCUGAGUCGGUACUUUCGGUGGCUGAAGGCCGAGAUCGGGACGCCUCAUGCACCGGCCCUCGUGGCGGAUAGCUUGACCGCGACAGCACUCGCGCUGGAGUGGGAGGUGCCGGAGCGGUUGGUGCGGUUGGCCCGGCACCGCAACCGGGGGCCCCGCAGCUAUCUCGUCCAGUGGCGGUACGAGGAGGUGGCCGGCGACUGGAAGUACUACCGCAACCAGAGCAUGGGUGACAGCUCGACCGUGCGUGUCGACAACCUGCAGCCCUACACCAAGUACCGGUUCCGUGUAGCACUGCUACUAUCGCCCCACCACGACCAGGUACUGACGUCCGAGCAGAGUGUCAUCAUCAGCACGUUACCGUCCGGGGUUCCUACUUCGGAGCCCACCAUCGUGAGGGCCGUUGCCGUCGACCAUUCGCGCAUAUCCAUCUCGUGGGAGCCGGGACCUUUUCCCAACGGCCCCGUAUUGUCAUACGUGCUGCAAAUCAAAGACCUUCAUCCGAUAGGCUACAGUGCGCUCAAGGAAAUUCCCGAAUCGAACACGUCCCGCCAUUACAUGUUCGAGAAGCUGGAACCCGAGCGCAACUAUUCGGUGUCGGUCGCGAUGAGCAAUCCGGCCGGCGAGGGACCGGCCUCGGUGGCGCUCGUUGCCACCCCCCCGAAACCGACUGGCCACGAGGAGGCGCUGCAACCGACCUUCAUUCUCGGCGCGGAACGCUCCAUCCUGGCGCAGAGUUCGCUCACGCUGUUUUCUGACCCGCCAACGAGCGUGUACGCGAGCGCCGAGCACAAGAUACGUGGCACGGCCACGCACAUCCGGCGCGGGCUGCUAUUCGUAUCGGACGAUGCCGGGUACAUCUACCGGGCCCCUUACUGGCCGGGGGCGGAGAAGUUUCGCGUCGUCAUUCUAGCGCCCGGUGCGGCCAACAACUUUCGUCCGACGCUGCUCUCGAUCGACUGGCUGAACGAGCAUCUGUACGUGUUGGGACAGGCCCGACCAACCAAGCUGUGGCAGAUAGCGUACUGUGACUUCAACGGGGGCCAUCUGACGGUGGCGAUUGCGGGGCUGCAGAGGCGUCCGGACCACUUUGCCGUGGAUCCGUACAAUGGGUACCUGUUCUGGGUGGUGGGUGGUACCGGGCCCGACGGUGGGCUGUUCCGGCUCGAUCUGGGCGACAUCUCGAACGGUGUGCGGCACGAGAUUCGACCGCUGCAGAUGGUGCGUGGACGCAGCUUGGGCGCGUUUACACUCGACCACGCGAACUUCCGGGUGCUGCUGGCGGACCAGGGCCUCAACACGGUGCUGGCAGUGUCGCUGGACGGGAAAAAGCUGGAAGACAUCCGGAACAACACGCAGCAGCCACGGUUCGAGCGGGUCAAAUCGCUGGCCCGCGCAAACGGCCUGUUCUACUGGACGAAUGGGACGGAGGUGUUCGCGGAGGAUUACCACCGGCUGCACGACAGCUACUACCACAACGCGUUCCCGAUCGCGGCCAACAACACGUAUUUCAGCAUCAGCGUGAACCUGACGGCGGAGCAGCCCAUCCCGGUGCCGGUGAACCCGCCACGCAACCUGCAGGCGCUCGCGUCCCCCGACAAGCUGAAGGUGUCCUGGGACGUACCGUACCUGCUCGGGGUGAAGGGGCGCGGCGCCUGGCAGGCCUGGAGCUACCGGGUGGAGGUAAGCGACGAACAGCUCGGCAGCGUCCUGCACGUGGCCACCGUGAACGGUACGAGCUACGCGUGCGACACGGCCGGCCGGCUCCUCCCGAACCGCGUCUACAGCGUGCGGGCGGCCGCCUUCACCGCGGCAGGCCGUGGCCCCUGGAGCCGGGAGUUCCGGGUGCGAACGCUGCGCCCCGCCAGCCGGCACCAUCUCGUAUGGGCCAGCACGGACGGUAUCGUGCGCAGCGACGUUAUCGGCGAGCACGUGGCCACGCUCAUACCGCGCUCGCCCGAGCUGGACGGUGCGGCCGUCACCAGCCUGGCCUGGCACGCCCGCACCCUGUACGUGGUGAGCAACUCCACCCUCCGGCUGUACCGCGAGCCAGCCGUACCCGGUGGCGAAUGGGCGAAGGUGCGCGAGCUCGAGUCGGUCGAGUGCGUGGCAAUCGAUUGGAUCGGCGAGCGGCUGUACUACUCCAACCCGGCCCAGCAGCUGAUCGUACGGGCCGGGCUGCAGGGCGAGCAGCCCGAACCGAUCCACAGCGUGAUGAACGUCCGCGAGAUCCGGUUCGAUGCGUACCGCGGCUUCAUCUACUGCUCGUCCGGCCUGAUACUGGAGGCGUUCCGGCUGAACGGCAAGAGCCGGGUGCUGUACUUCAGCGAGAAGCGGUUCACCGACAAGCAGAUUAUUGGCCUGACGCUCGACCACGACGGCGAGCGGCUAUACUGGAUCGUACGGGGAUACUCGCAUUCCCAUCUUUACUGGGCACCGCUGGCCGGUACGGCCGCCGCUCGAUCUGCCUCCGGAUCGGGAUCGCUUCCCUCCCUUCCACUCGCCGAUCAAAAACCGCUCGGUUCGCUGGUGCACUUUAGCGAUCGGUUGCUCUGGCUCAAGGAAAGCCAAGUGGUGGUGGGGGACGCGAGGGGAGAAAAUCUGGCCUACAUUCGCAACCACCAUCUGAACGGGACGCGCGCCCUGGCCCUGAUCGAUCCAAUGCCGGCAACGCCCUCGAUCAACGUGCUGCCGGCCAGCGUCAACGCUAGCUCGAUACGGGUGACGGGCGACUGGCGACGGUUCAACGUGAGCUGGACGCCGGUCGAGAACGUCAACUACAGUGGGGUGUUUUACAAGCUGACGCUCAAGCUGCCGGACGCGCGGGACAUCGUGCAGGAGCUCACCGUGCCGUACUUUGUCUACGGUGGUGGAGCAGGCGACGAAACCGAGAAUGAAGGCGUCUCAGCAGCGAGUGCCGAACAGUGGCCGAUACCGCCGUACACUCCGAUCGACAUAACGGUGCACGCUUUUACGUACUGGCGGUCGUCCGGGUUUUCGACCGUUCGACGGCACACGCCAGCAGGCAAACCGUCGGUACCGGUGGCGCCCCGUGCCUACAUCCAGCAUCACUACCUGCCUGGGACGCACGAGCUCAGCACCGGUAUUGUGUUCCGGUGGUCACCGCCCGUCGAACCGAACGGGCCGAUCGUGGCGUAUCGUGUCGACUGCUGGUCGACUGGACAGGAUGAUGUGCGCCGGACUGUGCUGGAUGGGGAGGAGGUGCAAACGGGACAUACGGAGCUGCUCAUUCCAGGCGCAGUACAGCCGAACAUGACCUACUACCUACAGGUGCGCGUCUGCAACGUCGACCACAGUGGCGAUCCGAGCGAGAUGCGCUCGAUUCGGUUGGCAGAUGGUCGACCUCUGCCACUGCUGUACGUAGCGACCCAAGAUCACAUCCUACUGCUGGAUCUCGAUAGGCGCGAGAGCACACCGAUCGUGGCGACGGCCGUGCCAGCCCUGCUGCUGGCCGAGCUGCGCCACGAGCGCAAGCUGCUGUGGGUGAACCUUAACGGCGAGCUGUUCAUGUACGACGAGGCAGACGGGAAGCGCAAAAUCGCACAAGUCCCGUCUCGUGCGACGGCACUCACUGUUGAUUGGGUGGCGAGGGCAGUGUAUGUGCGUUCACAGACACCGUCCGGCAACGGGAGCACUCUGCAUGCGUAUGAUCUGAACCGCUUCGAGAGUGGUGGGUCGGAUCCAGUGCAUCGGAUGGUCAGUCUACCGGCGGAACCGGCUGUGAUCGAUCUGUUGCAGGUGCGGCCUGGUGUGGCGGAGUUGGUGGCUGUGUCGCGGUACGCCCGUGCCGGUUAUAUCGUGUCACUGGACGAACCGGACCGUGAGCCGACUCCGUUCAACUGCAGUGGGGAGGACGUCGAGAACGAGUGGAAUCAACGGCUGUGUGGCGAGUACGAUGGCGUCUUUGACGUGGAUGGUCAGCAUGGAAUCGUGCAGGAUGAGGGCUAUCUGUACUGGAUCGGUCCAGAUGAUGGGACGGUGUCGGUGCGUGCACGGGACGGCGCACCAACGAGCGACGCUACCACCCAACAGUUCCCACUGACCGGUGCCGUUGUCCUACUGCCAGUGCAGCACCGACAAGCCUACCCACCAGAGCGUUGUCUCGUACCGGUAGUACAACAGAUCCAAUACCUGCCCGAGCUGUACAACAACACGGAGAGCUCGAUCACGCUGCGACUUCCCGAACCGGAACGACACACCGACUGUGAGCGCCGACCACCAGCCGUACGCUACCGCAUCCUGUACCAGCAGGAGGACGAAGCGUCUGCCGACCUGCACAUCGACUACUCGUACGAGAGCAGCCGCACGAUCGGGAACCUGCGCCCGUUCACGAACUACCGAUUCGGGGUGGUGCUCACAAGCUACUACCUAGCGGCGGCGACGACCGCUCAGCGACUGCUGGUUGGGGGCGAACCUUCGAUCACCGAGCUGCCUAAGCGCUCCAUGCCAGUCGUGUUCCGGACGGCCGUCGGUCCACCGUCCCGACCGGAGGACAUUACUGCGUGGCCCGUCAGCCCGACCGAGGCAAUUGUAAGCUGGAUACCAUCGCGCCAGAAGAACAGCCAUCACGUUUGGUACGAGAUUUGGCGAGCAGAGCCCGACGAACAUAAGAACCGACAGCAGCAGGUUGUUACAGAUUUCAAAAUGGACGAUACAUCCAUGACGGUGGAGAUUACGCGCCUGCAGCCGAACCAAACGUACAUCGUGUGGGUUCGUGCGUACUCCAACUUUCACGCCUACAGCGACAGCGACAAAUUUCAGAUACAGACCUUUCCCGAACCAAGCGACAUACAGCUGCUGUCGCUCAAUUCAACCGGCAUACGGCUGCGCUGGAUACCGCCGGUUAAUUGUCAGAAGUACAAGAUUCAGUACGCGAUCGUUGGGCAGAGCACCUGGACGACGAUGUACGACUCGCAGGGACCGAGCACACACUGGUACAACUACCACUACGAGUUGAACGGGCUGAUGCCCAAGACGCGGUAUCAGUUUGUAGUGCUUUUGCACUAUCCGUAUCGAGACGAGCCUUAUGUGUGGCCACGCGAGCGGGACAUCAUCUUUGAAACGGCAGCCGACAAACCGGCCGCCCCGGGUCGCCCGAUCGUAACCAAGCUGCGCCAGGACGUGUACAAGGUAAGCUGGGAAGCGGCAAAGGAUAAUGGUGCCAUCAUCGAAGAGUACGCGCUCGAGGUGCUGGUCAGCCAGUUGAACCGGGCGGCUAGAUUUGUGCUGUCGCCCGAUGACGACACCGCAGCCGGUGAACUGGCGCCCGGCGUGGAAGGUAGCAAUGGGACAGCCACGGUUGGCGAGCUGGAAACAUACGAUGAGCGCUGGAGCCAGGUGUACAAUGGCACGGACGUCUACUGGAUCAUCCCGGAACGGCAUGCGAUCCAGAGGAAUUUGUUCCGGGUACGGGCCCGGAACUCGUACGGCUGGGGCCCGUACAGUGACGAAAGCCGACCGACCGGGCCCGAGCUGUACGUGCAGCGCACCAUCAUCUACAUUGCCACCUUCGUUAGUACGCUCGGCACGAUUGUCGUGGUUGUCGCUCUGACUGUUAUAUUUUUAAUUCGCCAAACCGACAAGAUGAAGAACUUUCAAAUGGAUCCGGCUAAUGCGCGACUGUCAGACGUGGAGCUGGCUAACUUGCGAGAACUGCCACGGCGUGGUAACUUCGUUCAGACUACCAACAUUCUGUACAGCUCCGGCUCAAUGACAGACUCGGAAAUAGCUCUGUUGCCCCGCAUUCGUCUCGAUCAGAUCUUCAUGGCUAGUUCGUCGCUGCUGGGCAGUGGAGCAUUCGGCGAAGUGUACGAGGGAGUCGUUAAGGGUGUUGAUGGCGAGGCGGAAACUCGAGUAGCCAUCAAGACACUUAAAAAGGGUGCCAAACUGCACGAGAAGCAGGAGUUCCUCCAGGAGGCGCAGCUGAUGAGUAACUUUAAGCAUAAGCACAUUACGCGCCUACUGGGUGUCUGCCUGGAAGCGGACGCACUGCUCAUCAUUAUGGAGCUGAUGCAGGGUGGCGAUCUGCUGAGUUAUCUGCGGCGCAGCCGCUCCCUGCCCGGUCAGGCCGCCCGCCUUACGAUGCUCGACCUCAUCUCGAUGUGCCAGGACGUGGCGUCCGGCUGCCGGUAUCUGGAGGAGAUGCACUUUGUGCAUAGGGAUCUCGCCUGCCGCAACUGUCUCGUGUCGUCGACAGAUCCGCGCGACCGGGUGGUAAAGAUCGGUGACUUUGGGUUGGCGCGCGACAUCUACAAAAACGACUACUAUCGGAAGGAGGGCGAAGGUUUGCUGCCGGUGCGCUGGAUGUCGCCGGAAAGCCUGGUGGACGGUGUGUUCACUUCGCAGUCCGACAUCUGGGCGUUCGGGGUGCUGCUGUGGGAGAUCAUGACGCUCGGCGAACAGCCGUACCAGGCGAAAAACAACGUCGAAGUGCUAAACCACGUGCGCGAGGGUGGCCAUCUCGACCGGCCCAAGGUGUGCCCGAACGAAAUGUAUGAGCUGAUGAAGUACUGCUGGAAAUUUUCCCCGGAGGAGCGACCGACGUUCCGUUACUGUUUGGAGGUACUGAGAGCGCUGCGCGAAAAUACCAGCGAAGAUACGCAGAUCAUCGCACCAUUUCCGGCGAAGCUGCAGCAAGAGGCCGUUACCAAUCCGGCUUACCUGGUGUCCGAAAGUGGCCAGGUGUCACCACUGUCAGGGUCGCUACGAUACAGUGGUAGCGAUGCUGGCCUGAUCGCUACUCCACCAACCUCCAGCAGUGGCAGCAGCGGCGCCACUGCAUGUCCCGGUCCUAAUACGCCCAAAUACCUGGAGCUGGUGUACGAGGACAGCGGUGAUUUGGAUCAGCCGGACGGGUUUGUCGCAUCUGUCGAUCGGGUCAGCCCGAUACCGCCAAUGCCCACCGACAAUGGGUACGAGAUACCGAUCACCGAUAGCCGCGGCCAGAUUCAGUUUGCCGAGAUACCGACUACCAGCCAUCCCCCCCAAACGACAUCGCAGCGUCAGGCAAGUGUGCCCGUGCUCCUACCAAACCUAUCGGUGCUGCUGCCAGACAGUGCGAGUACGGGUGCUAACCGGGACUCUCAACAGGUGGAACCACCUUCACUAUGUGCCGCCACCGCUAGCACCACCAGCAGUAGUAUUAUCGAACGGGAGGAACGGCAAACGAGAAGCUGAGCGGAGACGGACCGAACAGUAGCAACAGUUGAUGUUGCCGUUCGGAUCGUCAGCGCAGGUGAUAUGGCGACUGGUUUUUACAUAGAGUUGUAAACAGUCCCAAAAGUAAGGCUGCAAAUGGUGCGAUAGGUGCGAGGGAUUGUGCAAACAAAUGUGUGGGAAUCAGUGCGAUGUAAUGUCUUUGUACGGGCUUUUUUAUAGUACAAUGCCCAAUGUUAAUUCAGUAAAUGCCCAGAAACAGCGCUUCGCGAACAUGGUGUCUGUACCAGCUCAAUAAAAGAAUUAGAGAUAGCUUAGAGUACCCGAGCGAUGGUAACCAACAGCAACUGGUUGUCUGUAUUAAGUGUAACAUCUUACUCGGUAUAGCAAAACGCUCAAUAAUUGCGCAAAAAAAAAUGUUUUACUAACAAGCGUUAACAAAACACGCUAGACAGAUCUGUCGUAUAGCUCGGAUAGGUGUACUUUUGAUAGCAAGGAUUUAACAUAGGGGUGCUUUGUAAAUACUGAUCAUAGAGUUUAUAUAUCAACUGUACACAUGCAAGAAAGAACCUAACGGGGUACGAAAUUAAAGUUCUUCCUUGAGCAACCGACCGGUUCUUGUCGAACAUUCUAAAAGUAACAUUCUUAUGAAACACUGCAACAUGACAACACAAGUAUUAUACCAACACAACAAACGAUACCACUCGCGAUACGUGUUUCAAUGGCUUUACGAAGUCAAUCUUAGGAACCGAAUAUUUAUAAACCGAGCAAGAGUCGAACCCAAUGUCGAAUGAAACUGUCCCCGAAACCCUACUAGCGAGAUGCGUUCUGCGAUUCAAGAUGGUCGAAAUCAUAUUUACACUACCUGUAUUACCAUAACCUAUUUCUUAAAAGUCUUAAAAGUCGACCUUCGGUGACGCUUCGCUUCUCAGUGCGUUUGAUGAGAAAAAUACUGCAAAUACUUAGGCGUUAAGCAAUUUGUUGUAAGGGAAUGAAAGAUUAACCGUAAAUGAGCAACUAAUAUUUCACGUUGGGAUACUAUUUAACAAAAAAAGGGAAAAAACAAAAAUUAGGAAAUCAUUCACACCCAACGUGAAUCAUCCUAUACCAAAACCGUUAGCUUUGAUUGUUAGUUUUAAGGUAGCAGCUGCUGAGCAUAUAUGAAGGUUGUUUAAGAUUGAACGGUAAAAAGCAAGCAAAUCGUUUCAUUCAUAUCAAACUCGGAAAGUCUUCCGACAAGCUAUUAAGCGGCUCAAAUCAGGCAUACGCCCGGAUGCGCCAAACCAAUGUAAAAAAAUCAGAAGUACUGACUGUUUUUCUGUUCCUGUGUCAAAUAAAUGCUAACAUUAACUGUUUCA